AUGGAUAAUACCGAUUUGUAUAAAUUAUUAUUAAUUGGUGAUUCAAGCGUUGGAAAGACCUCUCUUUUAUUAAGAUUUGCUGAUGGCACAUUUCAAGAAACAUCUGUCAAUAUGACAUCAGUUGAUAAUUGGGAUACUGCAGGUCAAGAAAGAUUUAGAACCAUUACAUCCUCAUUUUAUAGAGGAGCUCAUGGUGUUUUAAUAGUGUACGAUAUGACCGAUCAAACAUCAUUUAACAAUGUAAAAUUAUGGUUGGAAGAGAUAAAGAGAUAUUCUGCUAUUGGUGUCAGCAAAGUUUUGGUUGGUAAUAAGUUUGAUCUUGAUGAUAGAAAAGUAGUCUCCACAACAGCUGCCAAAGAAUAUGCAGAUUCACAGGGUAUACCAUUUAUCGAAACUAGUGCAAAGACUGGAUUUAAUGUUGAACAGAUUUUUAUGACAAUUGCAAACGAUAUACAUAGAGCUCCAAUGGGAGGCAUUUCUCAGGGUAGAGCUGGAGGAGAAUUAAUCAGUAGAAUUUAA